AUGACGUCGUAUCCGCGCGCAACACACACGCUUCCUUUCGUUGCCGGCAGCUCAAUGGCAACGGCAACCAGCGGCGUCCACUUCAAACGCGAGCUUCUCGAAUGGGGGAAAACGUCACCUAAUUUUACCAACAAAAAUAUACACGAGAAGUGGAAGACGGUUGCAGCAUCUUUGAAUAGCACUGGAAGGCCUUACAAAGAUUGGAAAAAUUGGCGAAAAACUUGGCAAGAUUUAUAUUCUCGCGUAAAGGCGAAAGCUGCCAGAAUCAACCGGUCAACAAACCAAACAGGUGGCGGUCCCCCCAGUGAUGAAAAAUUGACCACAUUCGAGCAGGAUAUUGUGGACACUUUUAUCAAGCCGGUAGUGGUAGAAGGAGAUUCAUUAAUUAAAGAAAGUGUCUGCAAUUUCCAUGCGAAUGAUACAACCACAUCCAUGAUCUCCAAUUCCAGUGGUGCAAUUGUUCAUCCCAUAAUAUUGAACCCUGUUGACGAAGUCGACAUCGAGGUUAUCAACAUUGACGAGGUAACCAAAAUCCCACCUACGCAACCCACGACAUCCAAGAAUCUAACCAGUUCAGCAGCUUCAGAAAUUGUUAAAAAAGGGAAGAAGCGAACGGCAGAAGAAUCGAGGGCGGAAUAUGCAGAAUAUUUGAAUAAAAAAUUAAAAAUAAAAAAAGACUAUUACGACGCAAAAAUUGAGCACUUACGGCAACAAACUGUUUUAAUGGAACAGCAACUCAUUAUUAAUACACAAUUGCUAGAAUUAAAAAAACUUAAAUAUAGCUCCAACUAAUGGUAAUAUGUAAAAUAUAACGACAAACGAUUUUUAUUGAUAAUUACAUAAUGAUAUAAAUUU